AUGUCUUUAAAAGAAGUUUUUUCAAGAAAAGUUUUUGUUGGAGGUCUACCUUUCGAUAUAACCGAAAAUGAUCUUCAAAAUACAUUCAUCCGGUUUUUUUUAAAUUUUAUUUUUCUACUUUAUCUAUUUAGUUAUGGAAAAUUUCUCAUCGAGUGGGACUCACGUUCUUCUGAUAAGAAAUAUCGUAAUUUUUGGAUAAAGCUUGUUCCAAAUUUUUUAUUAAUUUUAGGUGGUGGAAAUCAACUCACUAGAAAGGGCUAUGCUUUUCUUAUUUUUGACAAAGAAAUCUCAGUUCAACAUUUAAUAAAUGAUACAUUUCGUGAAGGGCUCCACUAUUAUUUGAAUAUUUCAACGGCUGGCUCACAUAAAAAAGUUCAAAUUCGUCCUUGGCAACUUAGUGAUUGUUCCUAUAUUGAAAAUCCGUCGGAACAAUUGAAUCCGCGAUACACGAUAUUUCUUGGUGCUCUGCCUCGACAUAUCAAAGCUGAUAUGCUUGCCACCAUUCUUAAGGAUCGUUUCGGCCCUGUCUGUUAUGCUGGAAUUGAUACUGAUCCAACGCUUAACUAUCCUCAAGGCGCCGCUCGUAUUACAUUUCGAAUGUACAAUUCUUAUGUGAAUGCAAUUAAAAAUCGGUACAUCACAAUUCCGAAUGAUGGAUGCACGAAGCGUUUAGAGAUCAAGCCUUACAUUAUGGAUGACCAGCAAUGCGAUAAUUGUCAUGGAAAGUUUUGUGCUCGAAUUCCAGCAACUCUUUUUUGUCCUGACAUUACAUGCCUUCAAUAUUAUUGCGAAAUUUGUUGGACUUUAAUGCACCAAACUACUAAUGAAAAUUCAUUUCUGCGCACAUUACAUAAACCUUUUGAUAAGCGAAUGAAUGUUUGA